AUGGGCGCGGGCGGGUGCCGGGGGCCCUUCGGCGCGGCUCGGCCGCUCCUGAGCUCCAGCGAGGUUCCGCCCAGCAUAACGGAGAGCUUCAUCCUGAGCGGCUACCGCUGCCCGGGCUACACCGCCGCCCAGUGCCUCCUCUCCGCCUUCCGGCCCACCAACGAAACCGGCAACUUCUGGACCCACUUCCUGGCCCUCUUUGUCUUCGCCUUUCGCUUCCUGGAGCAGUUCUGGGGCCUGGAAGGGCCCCUCCCUGGCGGGCUGCUGGAUCCUUUCUAUUACCCCCUCUGGAGCUACUUCCUGGGCGUCUGCAGCCUCCUGGUUGCCAGCAGCAUGGCCCACCUCUUCAACUCCAUGUCGCUGCUGGUCCGGGAGAUCUGCUUCUACAUCGACUACGGCACCAUCAGCGCCUACACGGUGGGCUCCUCCUUGGCCUACUUCUAUUACGUGCGUCCUCGAGCCUCGCCACCAGCACCAGGGUCCGCUCAUCUCUCUUCCAGCCGUCGGGAGGGCGCCAGCUGGCUCGGUGCCGUGGCCGGCCAUGCGGGCCCCUGGUUUGAAGCCCUGUAUGUGCCCACAGCUUGCCUCAUUGCCCUCUUCUGCACCCUGGCCUGCUGCAGCACCCGUCACCAGUGGCCCCGCUACCGGUACCUCAUCCGCACGCUGGUCUUCCUGUUACCCUUCCUGGUGGUUUCCAUCCCAGUUUUCCACAAGCUCUGGUGGGCGGGGGGCGGCGCACGGACUGGCCGCUUCUUCCUGCGCCACUGCUUCUGGCUGCUCGCCUCCGGGAUCUUCAACAUCAGCAAGAUCCCUGAACGCUUCAGCCCCGGGAAGUUUGACAUCUGGGGCCACAGCCACCAGUGGUUCCACUGCUGCACCUUUAUGAGUAUCUUGGAUGAGCUCCAGAUGAUCCAUGGGGAGAUCGAGCAGCUGGGAGCAGGGCCCCCUCUCCCGCCCAGAGCUCCCACUUUCCUCUCCACCUUUGGAGUCAUGCUGCUGCUGCUGGCACUGCUUGUGAGUAUCGUUGGCUGGUUCGGGGCCCGCGCACACGCCAGCCACCAGGGCGAGACCCAGCCCAGGAAGGAGGACUGA